ACGAAACUUGAGAGCACUGCCCCAUUUGAAUGAUGCACAGCCCAACGAAGGACGACGACGACGACUUCUUCAACCCAGCUCUGUUCCUCAAUGAGAAGUGCGCAGAUGCGUCGCAGUUUGCAAUGUCAUGGCCUAUUGUAGCUACACCAACACGGAGUAUGAGUUUGGCGACACCAGGCAGAGCCUGCUUAGUUCGAAGGCGGCUUCAACCGAUCACGAUCUCACAGGACAAGUCGUGUGGCCAGUAUCAAUUCUGUUGUCAUGGUUUGUGGUGUCGAACCGAGAUUUGUUCCGAGACAAGGUCGUGCUCGAACUCGGCGCAGGGGCAGGGUUGGCUGGUUUCGUGGCUUCGCAAUUUGCCGCACGCACCGCCAUCACAGAUGGGAACGACGUGGUCCUUCGACUGCUUGACCGGAAUGCAGACCAAGCUUCCACUGUGUGUGGUGUGUUCAAGCUGCUCUGGGGGGAAGAGGACAGUGUUAUUCAGUUUCAAAAGGAUUUUCCGUAUCCCGUGGACGUCAUGCUCGGGGCCGAUGUCGUGUGCUGGCCCAACUUGGUGCUUCCGCUGCUUCGUACCAUCAAGCAUUUGAUGCACCAGCACGCCCGUCCGUUUGAAGUGGUCUUUUAUUGCGGGUUUGUGUGUCGCGCCCAGAGCACACAGGAUUUAUUCUUUGCGCAAGCGAAAAUCAUGGGCUUCAAGCUCUGGUUCGUUCCACACGACGACUUCCUUCCCACCCCUCGACCGGCCAACGUCACUUCCACUAUGGAACUCAACUUACUUGGGCUCUCGCUGGACACGACCGCGCCAUUGGCCAUGGACCCAGUCGUGUUUUGCGACAACCUUCAAGACCUUCAAACGGCGUGCUGAGUGCUGGAGAAUAUUCCCACGGAAAUGGCUGAACUGAGUUCGGCAGCCAUGCCGGAGUCGCCGUGGAGCAAGUAAACGUCACUCGUCGAAGUUGUGUACACAAACCACUUGAAACCUAUCAUUUUCGCCUUGAAUGUGUCGAUGGAGGUUCCAAUUGGCUCCGAAGUGGUAACAUCCAUGCUGCUCAUGUGUCAUGGAGCAUCCAAGCCUUCCAUUAAGGUUGUCAUGGUGUAAACAUUUGGCUACAACUUUAUCUCGACACUGCCUGCAAUCUUUGAAAGACUGCUGUGCACUUGACCACCGUCCACG